ACAGCCAUGGGUCAGUUCUUCUCUAAUACAUCCAAGGAUGAAGACAGUGGAGAUUUGGAGUCCAGCUUCACUAAAUAUUUUAAGAAGAUUAAGACAGAAAACAAAAUUAUUUCUCAGGAAACCAUUCAUUUAAUAGAAUUUCAUCUGAAAAGAGGAAACAUUCAGGGGGCACACUCUGUAGUCAGUGAUGCAUUAAAAAAUAUUGAUAACACCCCAAUAAACAUUGCUGUGACAGGAGAGUCUGGAGCAGGGAAGUCCAGCUUCAUCAAUGCCCUGAGGGGGGUUAGAGAUGAUGAGAAAGGUUCAGCUAAAGUUGGGGUAGUAGAGACAACUAUGAAGAGAAUGCCAUACAAACACCCCAAAAUUAAAAAUAUGACUUUAUGGGACCUGCCUGGCAUUGGAACUAUGAAAUUUCCACCAAAAGAUUAUCUGGAGAAAGUGAAAUUCCAAGAAUAUGACUUCUUUGUUAUUGUUUCUGCCACACGUUUUACAAAACUUGAACUAGACCUUGCCAAAGCAAUCAGAUUUAUGGGAAAGAAUUACUACUUUGUGAGAACCAAGGUGGACAUGGAUUUACAAAAUGAAAAGAAAUGUAAACCAUGUGCCUUUGACAGAGACAAUAUCCUGCAGCAGAUCCGAAGCUCCUAUGUGAAUUCUUUUUGUGACAAUAACAGGGAUGCACCACAGAUUUUCUUGAUUUCCAACCACAAUUUAUCUGACUAUGAUUUUCCAGUUCUGAUGGGUACCCUGAUUCAGGAUCUUCCUAAUCAAAAGCGUCACAAUUUUAUACUUUCCUUGCCUAAUAUCACGGAGGCAGCCAUUGACAGAAAGCACAAGUCUAUGCAGCAGAUUAUCUAUUUACAAACCUCCUUACUUGAAUUGUUCACUGUUCUUCAUAUACCAGGCAAGGAGUGUAACAAGGAGAAGCUGGCAGCAAGUUUAAACAACUAUCGAGUCCUCUUUGGAGUGGAUGAUACAUCCUUGGAAUCCAUUGCUAAGGAUUCCCAAGUGCCUGUUGAACAACUGAAAAAAAUCAUUAAAUCUCCUUAUUUGUUUGAAACUAAGAAUAGGGAAACACUAGAAGAAAAGUUUGUCCAAUAUUUAGAGAAACUGUAUAAUGAUAAGCUCCUUGUUAUAGAUCCUGACAUUGAGAAAAUCUUUUACUUUCAACGGGUUUUCCUUGACACAGUGACUGAAGAUGCCAAAGUUCUCCUUAGAGAGACAUUGAAAAAACUAGUUCAAACUCAACCUAUCCACAGCCACUGACUGUGGCAAUAUGAUAUGGUUAUUACCAGGUAGUCAUCAGAUAAAUUCCUCCUCUAAUAUAUUUUCUUUACACUGGCCAAUCCAUUACCACCAUGAGAAAACCUAAGCAUAAGGGUCAUGUAUAUUAAUAUGUCAGAACAUGACAAUCAUCAGUACCUCUUCAACUCUCUACUUUCUCUCAUUCUUUCCUCUCUGUUUUUCAACUUCACAUGCACACUUGAAUACACACACACACAAACAGACACACAUGUACAAGCACACACACACACACACACACACACACACACACACACACAAGAUAUGAAUAGAUGUUUUGUAGCUACUUCCUCCUAAUCAAAACAUCCUAACAAAGACUCUGGAAGCUGGGCACUUUAUACUCAGUGCACAAAGCACUUGGUAUGUACAUUUGAGGACCAGAGCUCAAUUUCCAGAACCCACAUAAGUGUUGAGUGGGUGUGGCAGCUAUCUUGUAAUUCUACACUCAGAAGGCAGAGACAGUGGAACCAUGGACCAAGCUGGCUAGCUAGAGUGUGUAUACCUGCAAGUUUUAGGUUCAGUUGAGAGACCCCGCCUUAAUGACAAAGGUAGAAAGCUAAUGAGAAGGAGGCCCAACAUUAGUCUGAAAUACCCACACAUGUAAACAUGCACACCACAAACAAGAUGCAUUUUAAAUAUAAACUAAAAUAAGACUCAGAAAGAAAAUCACAGAUCUCAGAAAUUCAAAGGGUUUAUGAAGCUAUUCUCAAGGUUAUAUAAGUAGUAUGCAUUUUUGAGGGUGGGUGGGAAUGCAGUUCAUACCAGCUGAGGUGCUUGCACAUCCUGCAGGGGCCUGCAUGGCUGCAGCUGUGGUGAAUCAUUGCCACGCUGGGGUGGGCUUUUCAGUGAUGCAGCUGUCAUUGGAUCAAUGCUCCUGUAAGUAACCUUCACCCUGAUAACCUCACUUAUUCAUGAGCUAGACAUGGAAGACAUUGUUUCUUUGGUCUGUCAUGGUUGUUCAGAUGGGGUGAGUAGACAUUUGUUUUUAUCUCCCCUCAAAAUCAUGUAACACAAUAGAUGCUUUGAAUAGGGAUCUGAAGAACCAAAAAUGAGUUGACGAAGACUGGUCUUAUCCUUACAAUGGGUGCUGACAUAUGGAAGUGAGGCUGACCACAUGAUCAGUCUCCUCAAUCUUACACCCAGACAUAUCUAAGUAGAAACUGGACAUAAAAGGUUAGAUAAUGGUGGGUUGUUGGUACAGAGAAUCCUGUCCAUUGUCUGUAGUAGGUGUACAUUCAGCACAACUAGGGGUAGGUAAUGUCCUAGGAUGGUAGGUGCAGUCUUAAAAUGGGGAUUUACAUGCAUAAUACCUGCAGUUGAAGGUCCUAGAUUGCCCAGUGCACCAUCAGAAGAGGAGUGUAUGUAAAACUCAAACCAAGAAGAGCCCAGGUUGCUAAGCUAUCCUCAUGUGCUUGUCUACUUAAGGGGAGGACAGAGGGCAAU